AUGUCUAAACCUCUAGGUCACAUCAAGAGACCCAUGAACGCGUUCAUGGUGUGGUCCAGGGGCCAGAGGCGGAAGAUGGCCCUGGAGAACCCCAAGAUGCACAACUCGGAGAUCAGCAAGCGGCUGGGCGCCGAGUGGAAGCUGCUCUCCGACCCCACCAAGCGGCCGUUCAUCGACGAGGCCAAGCGGCUGCGCGCCCAGCACUUGCAGGAGCACCCGGACUACAAGUACCGUCCCCGGAGGAAACCCAAGAGCCUGCUGAGGAGAGACCGCUUCGUGUUUCCCCUGCCUUUCCUUGGGGACACCGCGGAGCAUUUGAAGGGAUUUCCAGCGGACACUUCUUUCCUCAGCGCAGAUAAAGCCCGGGCUCUGCUGUCCCCCGCCGCCCCGUCCUUCUCCUUCCUGGACCCCAUCUCAGCGCACUUCAGCACCGGAGCUGUCCAGCGGCUCAACGACCUGCCACACACUCUGCCGCUCGGGUGCCUACCCUACGCGAACACUUUUGGAUACCACCAGACCGGACCGAUGGGGAGUUUGAGUUGCCCGGGGCAGCACAGCCACACGCACCUGUCCCCGAGCAGUCCAGGGUACAGUCCCGGGUAUGUGGUUCCGUGCGGCUGCAGCAGCGCGUGGUCAACCGCCGCCGGGCUGCAGCCGCAGGUCGCCUACAUCCUGUUCCCCGGAGGACUGCAUGCCAAGAAGGGGCUGCUGGACCCCUACACCUCCGCAGGGUCAGGCCUGGGACGCGGUGCACCAGGGGACGUAAUGCACACAUGAACCAACGACAUACACGAGGGUAACCACUGUAAUGCAUUAAGACACUUGGCAGUCUAUUUAAUGUUGUAUGUGUGUCCUUUGGUGUUGCUUUAGAGAAACUC